GACUCGCAGCAGACAGGUCCCUUAAACCCGCACACACUCACUCAAAACACGAAGCAGUCCCUUUUCUCACUUUCUCCAUGGUCUUCGACAAGCUGGGACGAAGCACAUGAGCGUCAAGCAAGCGGGAAAUGUAACGCAUUUUACUGUAGUCGUGCAGGCGUUCAGUGUCGGACCAUGUACGAAGCACGGAUGGAGCGCUUCCAUCACACAGACGUCGGGCAGAUUUGAAAGGCAUCGGCCGAGAUGCACCGUGGCUGCUGUUACCAAGCGCCGAUCUAUAUUGAUACCGGCCGGGUUUUAUCAUGGUUUUCAGACGGUCCUCUCGGAGAAUGCGGUGGUUGGGAUGUUAUCGGAUGGGGCCCAUAUGGAAAGCACUCCUGGUAUUUGUUCUCAUUGCUUUUGCUGGACAACUUCUGGGAGUCAUCUUCAACAAGAGCUGGAUGCAGCCAGAGAGACCUCACUCCCUCUACUAUCUUCCCUCUGAGAAUUCCCAAGGGGAGUCUCUGGGGUCUUGUCAGCCCAGCAUCCACAUCAUGUUCCUGAAGACUCACAAGACAGCAAGCAGCACAGUUCUCAACUUGCUCUAUCGCUUUGGAGAGGAGCAGGGCCUUAAAUUUGCCCUUCCCAUGGGGUAUCAGUUUGGCUACCCACUGCCCUUUAUCGCCCUGAGGGUGAAAGGAUACAGAGGCCCUCACGUGGCAGAAUUUGACAUAAUGGGAAAUCAUAUGCGGUUCAACAAACCAGAGGUUGAGAAGGUCAUGCCAGCUGACACCUUCUAUUUCUCCAUCCUCCGAGACCCUGUGGCGCUAGCCGAAUCCUCCUAUGCCUACUAUAAAAAUGUUGCCCCUGCCUUCAGGCUUGUCAAAGGACUGGGCGAAUUUGCAGACAACCCCUAUAAGUACUACGACCCCAGACUCCGAAACAAUCAUUAUGCCCACAACCUGAUGUGGUUUGAUUUUGGUCUGGAUCAUACCUCCAACUUCAGCUUUGGGCUGGUCAAGCGCGGUGUGGCAGCAGUGCGUCGGAACUUCAAGCUCAUCCUUAUCUCAGAGUAUUUCGACCAAUCUAUGGUGCUGCUCCGCCAUGCUCUGUGCUGGCCGUUAGAUGCUGUGGUUUCUUUUAGCCUGAACGCCAGGCAGCAGAUGCCCAGUGGAAGAUCAGGAUGGGUGGGCAAGGCUGCAGCUCCAGCUCCUUUGGCAUUAACAGACAAGCAAAGAUCGAAAUUACGUGAAUGGAAUGCACUAGACUGGCACCUUUACCAAGCUUUUAAUCUCACUUUCUGGCAGGAAGUAGAGCGCUUCGGGCGCAGUCGGAUGGAGUCUGAGGUGGCCUUGCUGAGGACCAAACGGGAUGUUCUCACUCGCAUCUGCUUGCGUGAUGGGGGCCGCCCCAUAGAGGCCACUCGCAUCCGGGACAAGACCAUCCGCCCUUUCCAGAGUGGAUUAGUGAAGAUCUUGGGAUACGAGUUGCAGUCGGGACUAGAUAAUGUCACGUGGGAAGCUUGCCUACGCAUGAUCAGGCCUGAGAUACAAUACAAAGACUUGCUGGAUCUUCGGCAGUUCCCCCGAGCCCAGCAACCCCCAGCCGCUGGAGGGCUUCCAGUAAAGAGAGAGUCCUCAAUACUCAGGACUGAAGACCAUGAGGGAAAGAGGUUGGUGGAGAAGGACUGGGACGGGACCAUUCUGUUUCGGAAUCUAACAUUGGGUCAGGUUGAUUCAAAAGUAAGACUUAGAUAGUGAGUUAGUUGCACCUUUUUGCCUCAAGGUCAUUAGUUCUGACCCAUUUUGGCUCCACAGGCCUCUGUGCUGCACUACUAGAGGAAAAGGGAUAUCCAAGACAUACAACACACCACUUUGUCAUUGACUUUUCCUUCCUACAUCUUGCCCUUCUACAUUCUAUUUUAUAGAAGAAAACAUUUGUUGAAUGUUCAGCAUUUGUUGAAUGUCCAAAGUGGAUGGAUUAGAUUGCAGUGGCUAGAUUGAUAUAAUGGUACAAACAUGCCAGAUGGUGGCUAAAUGCACAAUCUCGCUGUUGGUGAGUUUGUUAUUGGGAAGAAGUGAGAAAAUGCUGCUUCCCUGUCUGUGAAGAGCCAUGGUAUGGUACAAAAAACAUAGCAGUGAACGUUAUGUAAGUGGUUGCAGUGUUUCAAACAUGCUGCUAAAACCCCAAUUUUUAAAUAGAUAAAGUAUCUUUGGUACGUUAGUGUUCAAAAGUUUGGAGUCAAUAAGAUUAUUUUUGAAAGAACUUAAUACUUUUAUUGAACAUGCAUUAAAUUGAUCAGAAGUAACAGUAAAGGCAUUUAUUAUGAUAAGAAAAAACAAAUACAUUUUGUUCUUUUGAACUACAAGAAACAAUUAUAUUAAAUUGUAAUAAUACUCCACAUUACUGUAUUUUUGAUAAAAUAAAUGAAUCCUUUGUGAACAUAAGACACUUCUUUUUGAAAAUGUUAAAAAAGUGUUACCAACCCCCAAAUUCUAUGUAUGCUUGAGCAUCCAAUGAAAUAACAGUAUGAUACUGGAAAUUAAUUCGAAUUUGAUUAUAGUACACAAUGGAUAUCCAUUCGCUACAUGAUUCCACAAAAGUGCAAUCACAGACGAUUCAUUGUCUGGAUCAUGAGAUUCAAACAGUGGUACUUUUCAGAGUUGCUGGAAUUUUAUUUUAAAUCUGUUUAUAUGGGUAAUUGUUCAACAGGAAUUUUUAUUUAUUUCUUUUCUUUUUUAGAAGGGAUGGGUUGAUUUCUAUGCCACACACAUUUUUCAGUGACACAGUAUAAGCUAAUACAUGGUCAUGUGAGAACAACAUCUCCAGUUUUUAAUACUGUGAAAUAAUAUGACCAUUCAUCAAAUGAUUGGCCAUUGCGCUU